UGGUCGCCAAGACAAACCUGUUUGUGCACGUGAAACCACAAGUCCUAAACUCCGACACAAUACAAGGCUUCCGUCACCGCACCGAAACUGUAAAUCUUCACUUCAUCGUACAUCACCAUCACCAACACCACCACCACCAUCCUGGACCAGAAAGAGCUUGCCGCACCGCUGUCCGGACUGUAUCUGCUUGCCAGCUGAUAAUCUCCUUGAGAACGUGUGUGCUAACCGCAGCAUUCUAGAAAGACCACCAUGUGCAAGAUCUUUCACACCUUCUACGGCUGCGGCUGCGCGACUACCUUCCUUGUCGUCGAACGCUGCAUCAAACUCCUGCACGAUCCAGAGCCGACCAUGACCUGCGAGACGAUGGUGCUCGAGCCAAGCAUGAAGAGAGCCAUCGCCAUCUCCGACAACUGCGACGAGCACCCAUACUUACCCACUGGCGAAGCGGAGCGUCGUGCCCGCAUCCCUACAGAGCACAUUCGUGGCCGCUGGGUCACCGCCAAUGAGCUCAAUGCCAUGCCCAAGCUUGGCUGCACCGUGGAGACCACGGGGGAGAAGGUUGUGGCGGCUAUCAUCGGGCUCGAUGCUUUCCAGAGUUUGUCCGCUGAGCUGCUCAGCGCACUGCCGGAGGGCAGUGACAAGGUUAAUGAAGAACGCGGAUGGGAGACCCUCAAGCCGAUAACAACCACCUUAACCAUGCGCUAAAUUGCGAAGAAGUCAACCCAUUCACCACUCACUCUCGUAGCUAUAUCAGGCAUCAGUUGGGGAUUCUGAAAGCUCACGACUAUACCCUGCGGGCAUUAAUGAAGGGCUGGCUAACGGGCAUACUUGCAUAUGAGGCGUUGGGAAGCAUUAUGGCACUGCAUAGUCGUGAUAUGUUGUUACUGCAUUCGGCACCCGAAUGUCGCAGCGUUUGUAAACAGACAAGGCGCGUACGUCAGCAUCACCCACUCGACGGCGCAGAUUAGAAGCCGUCAUACUCCCGCGAGUAAAUCUAGCCGUCAAUGUUUGUGACCUACACC